UUCGCCUACGGGUAGUCUACAGAUUACUGAGAGAAAUUCCGCCUACAAGUAGGCUAUCAGAGUGAGUAAUCAAUGAAGAAAGCGAGUCUAGAGCCAGUGUUGAGCACUCGCAGUACCCCCACACAAUAUGAUCGCUACUUAUUAGCAUCAAUUAGGAAAUUGUGCAAAACAUGUUACAACGAUGAUUCUGCUUUGCGACUUCAGUUUGUAGUUUGAAGUUCGCUUGUGAAGAGUGAAUCUAAAUGAUUGAGGAUUCCGAAAGUACGUGCGUAAUGUGAUGUGGAAGUUUGGAACAUGAUCAAACCAUGGUUAAGGAUCGACUCCAAGAGCUGUUAGAGAAAAGCAAAGCCGUGGAAGAGUACAAAUUUGUUCAGGAGCAUGACUUCAGAACAAGGUACAACCAGGAUCUGGUUCUAGAGGAUCUUGAUCAAUUUUCGGAAAUUGCCAGCUGGAUUCGACAGUUGCAUCGGAACAUCACGGACAUUGAGGUGAACAUCUUUUGCGAAGGAUGGACCAAGGCGUAUCAGAAGCUGCGAGAGAAUGCUAACCUUUGCUAUCGAAUCUACGGAGCAGUGAAGCGAUUACCGGGAGAGCUGGAGGACAAGAAGAAGGCUGUCCCAAGUCAGGAAUGUCGAGGGGACGGAGACAUCGGAGAAGAUGAUGUGGUAAACCGCGUACGAAGUGUUCAGUUCGAAAGCAUCAAGACUGCCUACACGAAGGCGUACUGGAAGUACGAUGCUGUGGUCCGUCGCUACGAGGAUACCGUUAGGAGGAACAGUGUUGUUGUACCCAUCCCAAAUGAGUAUUCGACAGCUGACACUACGGACCCCCUUGUGACAACGAUCCAGCACAGGAGACUGUCCCACUGUGACAAAAUACUUCGCUCGAAGUCACUAGACGAAGCCUUCCAUACCCUGCAGGCCGUCGAGGAACGUCACCAGGACCUCCUGGCGUUGGAACGCUCGCUCAUGGAAAUGCGAGACCUGUUCGUUCUGUUUUCAACGCUGGUGAUGGAGCACGGCAGCAUACUGAAUCUGGCCGAGGGCAAUGUCCAAGCUGCCUCUCGGCAUGUGGCCAAUGGAGUAGCGCAACUCAAGACGGCACGUGAAUAUCAGUGGCAGGCCACCAAACGAAGGUGCCUUUGCUUCAGUGAGACUGGAUUUCUGGUGGUGAUCCUGGUGGUUUUGGUGGUGAUUGUGCUUUGUAUGGCGAUAAGAAAGUUAAUAUUCUGA